AUGGAAAAAAUCUAUCAGACUUUCAUCGCUCGCUUCGCUCAAUUGCUAUCAGCGCCCUUCCACACCGACAGUCGCACUAGCGACUUCCCUCAGGUCACCAAACUCCUUUCACAACUGAAAGAAAGUCCACAAAAAUACACUCGCGACAUAUUUGAAACUCUGUUUGACGAUGUGCUUUCUUUGGAAUCCUCGCUGAGGGUGGCACAACGACUGGGCAAUUUCAACGCCAGCUUAGAGCAAUUGGCCAUGGCCAACUUGCAAUUUUUAAAUCGUUCCGAGGUCUUGGUUAAUUCGAGUGCUCACGCUGUGUUGCUGGACAAUCUACGCCAGUUGAUGAAGCAACCGAAUUUUCACCACGAAGUAGAGCGCUUUAUACUUCAUGAAGUGUACAAAUUGCUGCCGUCGAAAAUGCAUUUGCUCUUCAUCGCCCAGAAGGUGUGUUUGCGCAAGGCGGAUAACGACAAGGAAUAUAUUUAUGAGUGCUCAGGUUCUUCCAACAUGUGCACUAACCAACGAUACGAAGAACAGGCGUCUCUCACUGUGCAACAUCAAAUUAGUGACGUCGACAAUAAAACUCAGUUUGCCUUCUACAAUCGGUACUGGAAUAAUCAUUAUUUAGGAAUAGAAGACUCGUUAAGAGGGCAGCCAGGAGUGACCAAAAACGUGGGCGGCCGGGUCGAAAUCUACUGGUUGAAUGUGGUGCCUGUGGAAAAAGGCGUGGCAAUCUACGACGCUGCAACAUCCAGCUCCGUGAUCUGCGGCGGCGAUCCAGCGCAAUGGAAUAAAUGGUACCAUUAUGCAUACACUCGGCGUGCAGAGGAUUUUGAUGAGCAUCGCAAGGAUUGCACCUGGAUUAUCGAGGAUUGCAGCAAAUAA